ACAUUGCACCCGCUGCUCUGGCCGCUCUCGAGGGGCCGCUGUUUUAGCAGUUAGCCUUUCCGCCCAAAUUAUGCUGGACCCUGAACACCUCAGAAUCACAUGCCUUAAAUGAGAUCAUGUUCCUCCGUGCCCUUCGAGUCCCUCCUGCUCCAGAAAGGCCCCCUAAGCUUUGGUACACACGAACAUUUCACACCCCACUGCAGCGCAGCCCCAGAGGCUGCGAGCGUGGACUGCAGAAUCUGCGCCCCAGCUCCCCUCUUCAUCGCCAGCACGCGGAGCGACACGUCCGGACGCAAAGCAGAGGCUGCACUGAUACUUCUUGCGUCAGCAUACUAAUAAAAGUAAAUGUUAACGUUUCCCGUAUCUGUACCACUUCUCAGCCGGCGCUCUCAAAACAUUUUGCACGGUACCUUAUUAAGACAUCACCUUCCCUCGGGAGAGCGGAGGGAGCACUGGCAGUUGCUGGGUAAUUUGAAGACUACUGUGGAGGGUUUAGUAUCAGCUAACAGCCCCAAUGUCUGGUCCAAGUAUGGUGGCCUGGAGCGGCUUUGCAGGGACAUGCAGAGCAUCCUCUAUCAUGGGCUCAUCCAUGACCAGGUGUAUUGCCGCCAGACUGAUUACUGGCAGUUUGUGAAAGACAUCCGCUGGCUCAGUCCCCACUCGGCCCUUCAUGUGGAGAAGUUCAUCAACUUGCAGGAGAACGGCCAGAGCAGCACUGACGGCAUGAGUGAGCGUGCCGUUGCGGAGCUGUGGCUGCAGCAUAGCUUGCAGUGCCACUGUCUCUCAGCCCAGCUCCGACCUCUGCUGGGGGAUAGACAGUAUAUCAGAAAAUUCUACACAGAUACUGCUUUCCUGCUAAGCGACUCCCAUGUCACGGCCAUGCUCCAAUGCCUAGAAGCAGUGGAACAGAACAACCCUCGUCUCCUGGCUCAGAUUGAUGCAUCUAUGUUUGCCAGAAAGCAUGAGAGCCCGCUGCUGGUGACAAAGAGCCAGAGCCUGACAGCUCUGCCUGGUUCCACGUACACCCCUUCAACCAGUUAUGCUCAGCAUUCCUAUUUUGGGUCCUUCUCUAGCCUCCACCAAUCCAUACCCCAUCAUGGCUCAGAAAGAAGAUCUACUUCCUUUUCACUCUGUGGCCCAUGCCAGAAACCUCAAGAAAGCAGAGGACAUGUCUUGCCAGCAGAGGAUCAAACCGUCCAAGCCCCUCUGCUUCCAAUCUCUGCAUUAGCCGGGGACUCCCCCUCGACCCCAAAUGAGAUGAGCUCCAGCACUCUGACCAGCCCCUUAGAAGCACCCUGGGUCAGCAGCCAGAAUGAUUCCCCAAGUGAUGCCAGUGAGGGGCCUGAGUACUUGGCCAUUGGCAACCAGGACCCCCGAGGCCGGACCGCCAGCUGUCAGAGUCACAGCAGCAAUGCUGAGAGCAACAGCUCCAAUUUGUUCUCCUCCAGCAGCUCCCAGAAGCGAGAUUCUGCUGCUUCCUCUCUAGGGGACCAAGAGGGAGGUGGGAAGAGCCAGUUGUCCAAUGUCCUUCGCAGGUCUAGCUUCUCAGAGGGGCAAACACUCACUGUCACCGGUGGAACAAAGAGGAGCCAUACUCGCUCCCAUUCGGAUACCAACAUUGCCUCCAGAGGAGCCCCAGAAUCCUGCAGUGAUAAGUCGAAGUUGAGAGGCCCCUUGUCCUACUCUGGUCAAAGCAGUGAAGUCAGCACACCCAGCUCUCUGUACAUGGAGUAUGAGGGCAGUCAGUACCUGUGCUCAGGAGAAGGCAUGUUCCGAAGACCAUCAGAGGGACAGUCCCUCAUCAGCUACCUGUCUGAGCAAGACUUUGGCAGCUGUGCAGACCUGGAAAAGGAAAAUGCCCACUUCAGCAUCUCAGAAUCCUUGAUUGCUGCCAUUGAGCUGAUGAAGUGCAACAUGAUGAGCCAGUGCCUAGAAGAGGAGGAAGGGGAGGAGGACAGUGACAGGGAGAUCCAGGAACUGAAGCAGAAGAUCCGCCUUCGUCGCCAGCAGAUCCGCACCAAGAAUCUGCUCCCUGUGUACCAGGAGACUGAGAAUGGAAGCUUUCGGGUCACUUCCAGCAGCUCCCAGUUCAGUUCACGUGAUUCAGCACAGUUCUCUGACUCUGGCUCUGCUGAUGAGGUUGAUGAAUUUGAAAUCCAAGAUGGUAGUGAAGGAUCUAACCUGACUCACAUGUCAAAGAAUGGACUCUCAGUAUCAGUGGCCUCGCUGUUUUCAGAUGCUGACAUCAGAAGGAGCACACUCUCAAACAACAAAUCAUGUGUUUCCUCCCAGUCCUUCUCUCACUGCUUCCUACACUCCACGUCUGCUGAGGCAGUGGCCAUGGGGCUCCUGAAGCAGUUUGAGGGGAUGCAGCUCCCAGCCGCCUCAGAGCUAGAGUGGCUUGUUCCAGAGCACGAUGCCCCUCAGAAGCUCCUGCCCAUCCCUGACUCACUGCCCAUCUCACCAGAUGACGGGCAGCAUGCUGACAUCUACAAGCUACGUAUUCGUGUUCGAGGCAACCUGGAGUGGGCCCCACCCCGGCCUCAGAUAAUUUUUAAUGUUCAUCCAGCCCCAACGAGGAAAAUCGCUGUGGCCAAGCAGAAUUACCGCUGUGCAGGAUGUGGCAUCCGGAGUGACCCUGAUUACAUCAAGCGGCUGCGGUACUGCGAGUACUUGGGCAAGUACUUCUGUCAGUGCUGCCACGAGAAUGCCCAGAUGGUUAUCCCCAGCCGAGUUCUGCGCAAGUGGGACUUCAGCAAGUACUACGUCAGCAAUUUCUCCAAGGACCUGCUCAUUAAGAUCUGGAACGAUCCUCUCUUCAAUGUGCAGGACAUCAACAGUGCCCUCUAUAGGAAGGUCAAGCUGCUCAAUCAAGUCCGGCUGCUGCGGGUCCAGCUGUGUCACAUGAAGAACAUGUUCAAGACGUGCCGACUGGCCAAAGAGCUUCUGGACUCCUUUGACACAGUUCCAGGCCACCUGACAGAGGAUCUCCACCUGUACUCGCUGAAUGACCUGACUGCAGCCAGGAAGGGAGAGCUGGGGCCCCGGCUCGCUGACCUCACCAGGGCGGGGGCUGCCCACGUAGAGCGAUGCAUGCUCUGCCAAGCCAAGGGCUUCAUCUGUGAGUUCUGUCAGAAUGCGGAUGACAUCAUCUUUCCCUUUGAGCUCCAUAAGUGCCGGACCUGUGAAGAGUGUAAAGCGUGUUACCAUAAAGCUUGUUUCAAGUCUGGAAGCUGUCCCCGCUGUGAGCGGCUGCAGGCCCGGCGGGAGUUGCUGGCCAAGCAGAGCCUGGAGUCCUACAUGUCAGACUCUGAGGAAGAACCCACCGAGGCCUUGGCCCUGGAGGCCGCCAUCCUGGAGACCACCUGAAGAAAGUCUAAAAGAAGAGUUGUAUGUGUCUCUCUUAACCACUGGAAGCCCUCAACCACAGAGCUAACCAAAAGAAACUCCUGACAAGGUGAAAAGCAAGAAUGAGGCCUGCAGAGGUAAAGGGAAAAACAGAACUUCCCCUUUCUCUCUCUUUCUCUACCUCCCUCUCUCUUUCUUUCUUCCUUAUUUAAUAUUUAAAUGUAGUUUUCUGAUACAUUCAACAUGCUUAAAAUCCACAGAAAGAUAUACAAUGAAAAGUCCCUCCCAUUUCUGUAGCCAUGUGCCCUGUUUCUGCCUCACCCCCUUCGGUAGCCACUCGUGACUUUCCUUUUUAUCCUUACAGAGUUUCUUUAUGCAAAUACAAGCAAAUUAUUUAUAUAUAUAUAUAUAUAUAUAUAUCCUAUUCUUCACACUUCUUUAAAAACUAGCAUACUGUAUACACAUUUCUGUCUCUUGUUUUUUUUCUCCCUAACAGUAUAUCUUAGAGAAUUUUCUUUAUCACUACAUGAAGAGUUUCUAUAUUCUUUUUUAUAGCUGUACAUUUUCCAUUAUAUGGAUAGAUUAUAAUUGAUUCAACCAUUUACCUAUUGAGGGACAUUUAAGUUGUUUCCAAUCUUUUACUAAUACAAACAACGCUACAGUGAAAAACCUGGUCAUAUGUCAUUUCACAUGGGUGCAAGCAUAUCCGUAGGAUAAAUUAUCCAAAGUGGAAUGGCUGGCACAAAAGAUUCGUGCAUUUGUCAUUUUGAUAAAUGUUCCAGAUUGCCCUCCAUAGUGGGAAUAAGGAGAUUGGAGCAGUGGGAAGGACAGAAAGCAUUACUGUGGAGUCAUACUCCCCUGCCUAAAACUCACCAGUAUUUCUCUCCCCAUAAGAUAAAGUUUGGUUUCUUCUCCUGGCAUGUAAAGGACCUUCAAUACAUGACCACACUUUAGCUUCAUGGCCUGAUCUCCUGCCAUUCCCUGAACUACUAGCGGUUUCCUAAAUACACCUUGAUCUUUCCUCUUUUAAAAAACUAACUCAGCUAUAUCACAGCGUUCCCUGCCUGCAUUCUACUGUACCCACCCACUGUGAGCCCUUGGCACUCUCUCUAAACCUCCUGUUAGAGCACUUCUCACACAAUCUUGUUAUUUAGUAUUUUCCCAAAUAGAACAAACAAACAAGUAAAUGAAUGGAGUGAAUGAAUGGAUGUAAGGAAUUGCCUGUUCUAUGUGGAGGCAAGUGGACAGAUGAAAUGACCCUUCGAGGGUCUUUCCUGACAAGGAUUGCCUUUGCUACAGCAGUGGUCUUUCCUGUCCUCUUUAAUCACCCUAAGCUCAUUAGUGUUCCCUCUGCAAAAUCCCAAUGAUAUCCCCAAAGACCCCACACGAGCCCUUCCAAAUUAAGCCAGAAGAACCCAUGCUGAGGUCUUAGGCAGAAAGGAGGCCCUGACAGGGUCAACCCAUAUUGGGGUCCUGUAGUCAGAUGAAUUUAGUCAGUUUUCCUCUUUGCCACAUGGAUCUCUGUAAUGACUGUUCUUCACCUUUUUACUACAGCAGGAGCAGAUCUGAUUUCUUCCAACCAAAAGAGCCUGAGCUCACACAAAUCUGAGAUGAAUAUGAAGCCACCUGACCCUGGGGCUCUCCAGUCUCACUGCACAAUUUGUCUUUAGGGUGUCCCUGCUGUUUUUCCCCAGAUCAGGGAUCCACAGAGGACUCUACUACAGACCAUUCUGUGCGUACUCAUGCCUUCAGAGUCUGUGUGGGUUCAACUAUUCAUAACAGUUGGGUUCAACAAAUAGACAUGACCCUUCCUGGAGAGUGAGAAAACCACUUGGGAAACAUUCUGUUCUUGAUAGUUUUUCCCUCUCUGCCUGUCAGUGGGAACCAGAAUGAUCAGAAGUACAUUGUAGGACAUGGGACAGGAUUGUUCUGACCUUGCCUCUGAUUACGUCCCGUCUUAGCUUUCUUAUCUCUUUUCUUGCCAGCAAAUAUCUACAGUGAUUACUUUCCCAAAUCUUGAAGUGAUGAAAAUGUCCUCAUCUCCCUUCUCCUCCCUCAGCUUUGUCUGCGACUGUUUCUGUUUUGUUUUGUCCAGCAGCCAUUAUUAGAGUAGAUAACAUUCCAAAUGUACUUCACUCACUUUAUUAUUAAACUGUCAGCUUUUCCUUGCCGGGGACUAAACCAGGAGAUACAAAGAUAUUUCUAUGUCCUAAAAAUACCCUAGGUAUUUAAAAAUUGUUAUGUCUACAAGGUAAGCUUAGAGAAGAGUGAUAAAGCUAUGUGAAAAGCUGCUGAAGUUGAUAGAAUAUCCAAAUGUUUUCCAAUCAGAGAUUUAAAAAAAAUAGCUUACAGUACAGAAUCUUUACUUGUUCUGAGGUUCUUUGUUUAUUACAAACUACGUGUGGUUCACAGGAAGCCAAAGCUUGAUUUCCAGCAAGUUCUCAAACCUCUCUUCUCAACAUUUAACUUAGACUUGAAAUCUUCAUAGGCCAAGAGUGAGAAGACUGUUCAGCAGGGGAAAAAAAAAAAAAGGGGCUACUGAGUUACAUUGCCAGCCCAGCAUUCAUUCAUUCAUUUAUUUAUUCAUUCGUCUGUCCAUCCAUCCAUACCAAAUAAACAUCUAUUGAAUAUAUACUAUGUUUCUGUAUUCCAGACACCAGGCCAGAUCUGGAAUACAAAGAAUCAUAGAACAUUGUUUCAAAAGAUGUUUACAGAAGCAUAAUUUAUGAGAGUACAAAGUUAAUGGAAAAUAUCCAAAAGUAGAUGCGAUCAUUAACAUGAUGGUUAUAAAGACCAGGAUGGUAACAUGAAAAAAAACCUUAUAACACAAUGUUAUAUGAAACAAAAGAGAAAAAGUUUAUGUCAAAUAUUUAUGAGUCCAUACUAAUAAAUAAAGAAUUGAAUAAAUAAAUAAAUUGGGAAGAAGAGACAAAUCUUCCUGACAGAAUUCCAAACAAUAUAUGUAAAUCCUAUGCCCCUCCAGGAGGUGGAGCUUAAUCCCCUCUCCCCAUGAGGGUGGACUGGAAUUAGUGGUUUGCUUUUAAAAAAAGAGCAUGGAAAUGGAGAAAUAGCAGCUGUACAGUGGACAAAGCUGGCCAACAUUACCUUAACCAAGUGAUCAAGGUUAACAUCACCAGGGGUGCCGUUUGGAUAUUAUGCACCCCUGUGAUGAGAUGGGCACAUCGCCACGUGGUAUUCUUUCCAAAAAUCCAUUGCCCCAGUCUAAUCAUGAGAAAAAACAUAACACAAACCCAAUUUGAGGGACGUUCUACAAAAUACCUGAACAGUACUCCUCAAAACUAUCAAGGUCAUGAAAAACAAGAGACUGAGUAACUAUCACAGACCAAAAGAGCCUAAGGAGACAUGACGACUAAAUGCAAUGUGCUAUCCUAGAUUGGAUCCUGGAACAGAAAAAAGGACAUUACUGGCAAAACCGGUAAAAUCUGAAUAAAGUCUAGAGUUUAGUUAAAAGCAAUGUACUAUGUUGGUUUCUUAGUCUUGAAAGAUGUAAGAUGGUGACAUUAGCGAAAACAAAUUGGCUGAGGGGUAUAUAAGAACUCACUGUCUGCAACUUUCCUAUAAAUCUAAAAUUGUUCCAAAAUAAGAAGUUUACACAUAGGCAAGUAUAUAUACCCCCUUAUUGCAAUUAUAGAAAAACAUUCAUGGAAGGAAAAAUACACAUGGGAAGAGAAGGAGAUACAUAAAAGUAAGUGUAGCUCUGCAGAAAUGAUGGAACUAUGGAGUGAUUUUUUUCCUUUUAUCUGCCUAUUGAAAUAUCUGUAAAGUGGUCAUAUUAUUUUUUAUAAUUUAAAGAGUUCACUUUGGUUUGGUUUUAGGGAAAAAAUUCUUUCCCUUGAAAUGCAGAGGGAAUGUACAAAAGUAUAUAGACACUGGAGGGGGGGGGGUCAAGAUAGCUAUUGCUUUAAAAUACCCCCAAAUAUUAUUCUGCACAAGAUGUGCUGACCCACGUUGGCCCAGAAAACAUGGAGAGCUCCUUCCUUCUUUCUUUUUCUUUUUUUCCUUCCAGUUUUGUCCUUCCUUCUCUAUCUCCCCACCUCAUGUGCAGUUCCUCUGAGAACUGGUGCCUCUGUCCAGCCCUUCUGUCCUGAGAGCACACAGGGAGAGGACACCUUGGAGUUUCCAUAAGAGCCAGGGACAGAGACAAGGCUGGUGGGAAUCAGGAAAACCCUCUUGAGGUUUUAGAAUGGAAGGUCCAUAUAAUGACCAUCUGGACAGUUCUCCAGAGGCUUCUAGGAUUCCAGCUAUUCCAGAGACUACAAACAGCACUAUUUGACUCUGGCAUGGAGCUCCCAUCAGCACCCGUGAGCAGAAGCCACUCCUUCAUUUGCACUUACUUGCCCAUACCUUACCCCUUUUGGACCCAAGUAGAAGUAAAGUCUUUAAAGGCAAAGAGUUUACCAGCUAGACAGAAAUACUUAUCCAGCUUGCCUUCUUUCCAUAAUAUGCCAAAGAUCCCAGAGAACAGAUAGAUAGAGCAAGCCUGCUUUUUAGUUCUUAAUUAACGUCACCCACCCACCCCAAAAAAAUGACCAGAAAUAAGUUCAUUUUUUUUAAACCUCUGACCAAGGAGUGGGCACAUGGAUCAAGCUGGAUUGCCUGAACUCUUUCCCUAGUCUUGGAACCUUGAGCAAAUAAGACAAUGACCAAAAAAGUAAGUGGGCUGGCGCUUUCUCAUUCUAGCAUGGUGAAGAGACUGUCAUUCCUCUCUCCUGGAUUCCGGGGCCGCCAGUUUCCUAUCCUGUUCUGAGUCCAGUUUUUUAGCUUAACCUUCAAAUCUUUUUAGUACAUUCCUUUUUCUUAAGUUAGCAGGAGCGAGAUUCUGUUGCUGGCAAGCAAAGAACCUUGGUAUAGGCAGUGAAAGGGCCACAGUGACAAAUUAUGCAAUUAAAUAUUGGCUUUACUUGUCUGACUUAAACUGAUCCAGAUCAUGGAUGUGUGAUUCUUUUCAUCUACCAUGUAAAUGACUCAGUGCUUGGAUGCAGUUCCUGCCCUUUAGGAAUUUACAGUUUCGUUAUAACAUAGGAUGUACACAAAUGAAAUCAUUACAUAUGGAUUUCUUACUGUGUGCUGAACACUAUUCUAAAGUUUUUACGUGUAUGACUCAUUUAAUCCUCCCAACUACACUAUGAAGUAGAUACCAUUAUCAUUUCCAUUCUAUAAAGAAGUAAUUGAGGCACAGAGAGUUUAAAUAACUUGCCCAAAGUGACAAAGCUAGUAAACAAUGGAGGCUGGAUCCAAAUACAGACAGUCUGGUUCCAAAAAUCCCACUCUUAACAACUAUGUUAUACGGGAAUGAAUGUUAAAGACAGAGUUCUGGAAGGUCAGAGAAGGGGGAGAUCAAUGUGGCCAGAGUGAUCAGGGGAGGCCUCGAGGGCCUGUUGGUUCUGGAGCUGGGUGGGAGGCAGCGUGGGAUUUAAUCUGAGAGGAGGGAGAAGGGCCUUUUGGGACAGAGAGGAGGGUCAAUGCAGCAGGAGCAAAAACACAAAGUGGAAACUGAAAACGUUGUUUAGACGACUAUGAGACAUACAGAGAAGGGGGUCUUUUGGAAAGCGUUCAAAGAACAACUGGAUAGUUAGCGGGGAGGUCAGACCAUAAAGGGCCUUGAAUGACAGGUCAACCACUAUGACUUUACUGUACAAUGAGGGCCCCUACAGCUUUUACAGGGAAUAACAUUUGGGAACAUUUUUUUGUUAUAGAAAAUUGAAAGCAUACACAAAGAUAUUGAGAGUAGAAUACUGAACCCCCGUGUAUCCUUUAUGCAGCUUCAGCAAUUACCAGCUCACAGUCAAUUGUGUUUCAUCUAUAUCCCCACCCUCUACCCCUAUCAAGAUUAUUUUGAAGCAAAUCUCAGACAUAUUAAUUCAUCUGUACAUACUUCAGUAUAUGUAGAAAAUCCCAAGGAAUCUAUUUUUUAAAAUCCUCCUAAAACUAAUGAGUUUAGCAAUGUAGCAGGAUAUAAGAUAAACAUACAAAAGUCAAUUGCAUUUCUGUAUACUAGCAAUGAACAUGUGGACACCAAAAUUAAAAAUACCAUACCACUUACUAAAAAAAGAAAGAAAAAGAAACACUUAGGUGUAAAUCAAACAAAAUAUGUACAGGAUUUGUACGCAGCAAGCACGAAUUUCGGAUGAAAGAUAUAGAAGAUCUAAAUGAAUGGAGAGGUAUAUUAUGUUCAUGGAUUGGAAGAGUCAACAUAGUAAAGAUGUCAGUUAUCUCCAAAUUUAUAUACAGACUUAAUGCAAAUCAUAUCAAAAUUUCAGCAAGAUUUUUUUGUUUUAUGGAUAAGGUUAUUCUAAAAUUUAUAUGAAAAGACAAAGGACAAGAAUAACAAACUAUUUUGAAAAAGAAGAAGAAAGUAAGAGGAAUCAGCCUACCCAAUUUCAAGACAUUAUAUGGUUACAGUAAUGAAGAACUGUGUGGUAGGGGCUUCCCUGGUGAUGCAGUGGUUAAGAAUCCGCCUGCCAAUGCAGGAGACACGGGUUCAAGCCCUGGUUUGGGAAGAUCACACAUGCUG